UAAUUUAUUAAAACGUAUAUAUAGAAGGGAAUGAUUAAACUGAGUGAGAACAGUGAGUGUCUCUGAAACUGAAAAUCAAGAAGCAGAAUCGAAUGUAAAUGGGAAAUCAGAAGCAGAAGUGGACGCAAGAUGAAGAAGACGCGCUUAUCGCAGGAGUGGAAAAGCAUGGCCCUGGAAAGUGGAAGAACAUUCUCAAAGAUCCCCAAUUCGCCCCUUUCCUCACUUCUCGAUCCAACAUCGACCUCAAGGAUAAAUGGCGAAAUUUGAGUGUCAGUAACGGUUCUCAAGGCUCCAAAGAUAAAUCUAGGGUUCCCAAGCUCAAAGCACUUCCUGCUCCUUCUACAACCGCCACCACCACUCUUCAAACUGCUGCUCCUGCUCCUCUAAACGCAGCGUCUGAUGCUGCUGUCCCUGAUCCUUCUCAAAAUGAGCAGGAUACCAAAAAUUCUCCAAGGUAUAUUCCAAUGAUUUUUGAAGCUCUGUCAGCAUUAAAAGAUAGUAAUGGAUCCGAUCUAAAUGCUAUUGUUAGUUUCAUUGAGCAAAAACAUCAAGUUCCUCAAAAUUUUAGAAGGGCAUUAAGUACAAGGUUGAGGAGGCUUGUUGAUCAAGGAAAACUUGAAAAGGUACAUAAUUGUUACAAGAUAAAAAAGGACUCCUCCGUGGGGACAAAAUCACCUGCACCAAAGCCAAAGGAUGUCCGGCCACCACCACAACGGCAGUCCCCAGCUUCUGUCUUAAUGGCAUCUAAUGAGUCGAUAAAGGAAGCUGCGGAUACUGCAGCCUACAGAGUUGCUGAUGCUGAAAGUAAAUCAUAUCUGGCGGCGGAAGCAGUGAAGGAGGCAGAAAAAAUAUCAUUGCUGGUUGAAGAUUGUGAUUCCAUGUUACAGCUAGCAAAAGAUAUAUAUGAACAAUGUUCGCGUGGUCAAAUCAUCCUCUUGGUUUAAGAUGGUCAACGUAAGAUUUAUAAAUAGAUUCGUCCAGAUGUUGGUCUCUAAAUGUAAAAUUUUGUUUAUCCGAUGAAAUACUAUUUUAACAUUUUUUCGGUGUAUUUUAUCAGAUCCCUUGACAUUUUUAUUUCUUAAAUCUGCAUGGAGAGUCAUGUUAAUAGGCCGUACAUAUCUUCUCUAUUCUCUCUAGUAAUAGUACUAGUCCUCCGAAUCUGUCCAGAUUUUGGAUCCAUGGUGGCAGCAAUAGAAGUUCAUUUGUGUUUUUCUGGCAAUGUGAUAUAAACCAUUCAUGUUUCUUCA